GUCGUUCCUUCCUUCUUGCCGUAUUAACUUGGUUCCCCACUGCAGCAUUGGAUUGGUGAACAAUCAUAGUGGGCGUGCUCUGGUCUUCGACUCUGUCUUAUAUAGAGCCCACGGCAGUUAUGAAGAACCUGAACCAACGCAUCCUUAGCUUCUUGUUCAUCUUCACAGGCAGACUGGUCAGAGAGUUAGACGUGGGAUUUCACAGUGGGAAUUUCGGGAAGAUUUUGCCUUAGCACAGGUUUUCGAGUGAAAUUUCCUCUGAAGCUGGAUUCUAGUCGUCAGGGUAGUGAAAACUCUCUCGGUUAGAUGUAAAGUUUGGUGGAUAAUAAGCCAUCGAAGGAGGACUGCAGAAGUUACAGAAAGAGAAUAUUACGAAUUAGAACGUCAGGACCUGACAUUGCGACAUUUCGUCUGAUAGAGCGAGCGGAUAGUACGAUCAGACAACGGAGGCGAUCCGGGAAUGAAGAUCAACGGAGAGUCAGGAACUCUCUCCCCUUCUGCGCAUCAGGGCGAUCAGACGUCGAGUGUGAAGUUGGUGAUGUCUUGGUGCAGUCCCAUGGCUCACCAGGUGGCCAUCUCUUUGAGACAUAAACGCGUGAAGUUCACUCUCAUCGACGAGAAGAUUUUGAACAGAAAUCCUAGAACUCUGAAUGCCAACCCAUUGUGCAAGAAGGUGCCCAUUCUGAUUCACAGGAGGAGGCUUGUACAAGAUCCUCUCAUCAUCAUGGAAUACAUGGACGACGCCAUGUCGAAGGAUCUCGUGCAAUUACUUCCUAGCGAUCCCUUUGAACGCUGUGCAGCACGUUACUGGAGUCGUUACAUCCAGACUAAGGUCAUUGCGACUGUCUUAAAAUGUGUAGAUCAGGACGAGGGCGGAGCGACCGACUGUUUGUUCAACACAUUCAUCCAUCUGGACAAGAUUCUCUCAAUUGUAGCUCCAGAGUGUUGUUUCUUUAUGGGAGACGAGCUCGGAUUCGUAGAUAUAGUAUUUGCUCCAAUUAUUCCCUGGCUGCAGGCACUUGAACACUUGGAUACAAUUCGACUGCCUACUGCUCUUGAAUGCCCGCAUCUACACAAAUGGUUGGAUGCUCUGAAACGACACCCCAGCGUACGGCCUUCUUUGCAGGUUUGCAGUCCUGAAAGGCUUGAAGUUUUCAUUGCUGAAAAUUUUCGAGAUCAGCCUGUGGGGCAAUGAAACAGACUCUACAUUCAUCGGACCUAGCGUUCUUCGACCUAAACAUCAGUCUUUCAAAUUUUUGGCUUCCGCACUUCGAAGUACUUGGUGCAUUAAUUCAGUUUCUCCCAUAAUGUCCUCCCUUCAUUUAUUUUAGAUAUCUCAUCAUUUGCAGAUUGAGAUCAUUCUUUUGUAGUCCAUUGGGGCUAGACCCCAUCACGACCCCAGGUGUUGAAUUAAAAAGUCGCGGGGUUGGCGACAAUAGCAGUAUUCUAGAUACAAGUUCUCAGUGAGAACCGGGUUACACAUCACUUGAACUGUUGGUUUGAAGCCAUAUCGUUAACAAGUGACAGUAAAAUCUGAGUCUCAAGUGUAUCAGUAAAGACAGCCUUUGGAAUGACGAUGUGA